AUGUUGACUGUUGCUGGCGCUACCCAUGUCAUAACGAUGGAUUUACAUGCCUCCCAGAUCCAGGGCUUUUUUGAUGUCCCUGUGGAUAAUUUGAUAGCCGAGCUCUCUUUAAUCAGCUGGAUCAAGAAAAAUGUCCCCAAUUAUACCAAUGCAGUCUUGGUUUCUCCAGAUGCUGGCGGCACUAAACGAUGCACAUCUAUGGCAGACAAGCUGAACCUUGAUUUUGCCAUCAUUCACAAGGAGCGCGUAAAGGCUAAUCACGUUUCCAGAAUGGUUCUUGUCGGCGAUGUCGCGGGAAAGGCGGCAAUUUUGGUGGACGAUAUGGCCGACACAUGUGGGACGCUUGGCUUGGCAGCAAAAACAUUAAUGGAGCAUGGGGCCGCCAAAGUCUAUGCGCUAGUCGUCCAUGGCAUACUUUCAGGGCGUGCCUUGGAGGUUCUCUCCGAUAGCCAGUUGGACACCAUUGUUAUUACCAAUACCCUCCCGACAGAGGAGAAGAUAAAGGCUUGCCCCAAACUCGCCUGUGUAGACAUCAGCCCCAUUAUUGCGGAAGCCAUUCGCCGCACACACAACGGGGAGUCAGUCUCGUAUCUCUUUACGUGCGCACCAGAAUAG